AUGGACACCCCAGAGGAUGCUAACCGCUGCAUUAAACAUCUGAAUCAGUCUGUUCUUGAAGGGCGAUACAUAACUCUGGAGAAAUCUAGGAGGAAACGCGCAAGGACUCCAACACCUGGUCACUAUCUUGGGCUGAAAAGCAGUAGGGGCGAAGGUUAUCGCGGUGAUCAUGGAAGAUACCGUGGAGGUUCAGGCUAUGACGACUAUGGGUACCGAAGGUCCCCUAGGCGCUCCCCUUAUCGGGGAGGUGGGCGUGAUUACUCUCCUAGGCGGUCAGCAUAUGGUGGAAGGUCAAGGAGGGAUCGGUCCAGGUCCUAUUCUCCUUAUCGAGGCUCUUGGUGAAAAGCUACAAAAUAGCGCCAGAUCUAUAGAGAGUAAAAGUGAUAUGAAGAAACAAUAAGCGGGAACGAGUUUCGGUUUUUCUCAUCAUGCGACAUCAAUCUUCUGGUGACCUUUCGAAUUGAACGGUUUGAAGGCCAGUUGCCUUCAUCGAACAACACUAAUUCAGGUGCUAUUUUGUCACCCUAAGCUAAACUUAGCUUCAAUUGUUUGUGGUCAGACUGGCGGAUUUGAUUAUAUUUUUAUAGUCGAGUAG